AUGGAUUAUAUAAAGAAGGCCAUUUGGGGGCCAGACCCUAAGGAACAGCAGAGGAGGAUCAAGUCAGUGCUGAGAAAAAAUGGUCGAAAUAUAGACAAAUCGUUGCGGGAACUCACAGUUUUGCAGAAUAAAACUCAGCAACUUAUCAAGAAAUCUGCGAAAAAGAACGAUGUUAGGACAGUUCGGUUAUAUGCUAAAGAACUGUACCAAAUCAAUAAGCAAUAUAAUAGAAUGUACACUUCCAGAGCACAAUUGGAUUCUGUUCGAAUGAAAAUAGAUGAAGCAAUCAGAAUGAACGCCUUGUCAAAUCAAAUGGCCGACAGUGCGGGUUUAAUGAGGGAAGUGAAUUCAUUAGUUAGACUACCCCAGUUGAGAAAUACGAUGAUUGAAUUAGAGAAGGAACUUAUGAAAUCUGGAAUUAUAAGUGAAAUGGUGGAUGAUACCAUGGAGAGUGUUGGGGAUGUAGGGGAGGAGAUGGACGAAGCUGUUGACGAAGAAGUUAAUAAGAUUGUUGAACAAUACACGAACGAGAAAUUCAAGAACGUCGAUCAAGUGCCAACCGUAGAAUUAGCAACCGAUAAAGAAGAGCAAGAAAUUCCGGAUGAAAAAGUUGAUGAGGAAGCAGAUAGGAUGGUAAAUGAAAUGCGUGAAAGGCUCAAAGCCUUGCAAAACUAG